AUGGCUACAGUUGUUUGCUCAUAUUACUUGUCAGUAUUCAGGAACACGGGACUUGCAUUCGUUGGUCCAUCUGCAUUCUCUGUGGUGCCGCCAACAUCAAGUGUUCUAUCAAGUGCCACACCACAUCCCAAUUCUGCACCUGUUUUACCGCUUUAUCCUGGGUUGAUGUGUCUACCAGCGCUACUCGGUAAACUCAGUGGUACGCAAAGUAUCCUGCGUUCUCACGUGAGCACAACGCCCUUCAAGCCGAUACCGAACAAUGAGAAAGUAGAUCUGGCAAGAUUUCGAGUUAAAGAUCCUGUUGAGUGGUUGGUUGACGAUGUCGUCUCGUGGAUGCUUGAUGUUGCGAAACGACAUGGGAUUCCAUUUGAAGAAAUGAAUAUGCACAAGUUCGCAAACCUCACUGGGCAACAAUUAAUUGGAAUGACGGAACAAAACUUUGUAGAACGAGAUCAUAUCUGGGGACCACUUAUUUACAAUGAAUUCCGCAAGAACCUUGCUGAAGACACUUCUGUAAUUGAUGAAAUCAUGAAGAAGUAUAACGCUGAUGAGGAAAUUGUGUCGGCAGCAAGCGCUGGACCUUCUACGUCGUACGAGAUUCCGCAAAGUCAUCUUGCCGGACCCAGUCCUUCAAACAUCGUGCCACAAUUUCAAGCCCUCACAGAGACUCUCAAUCAAACUUUGAAUCAAACGCUGAACCAAGGUAUACAGUUAAACUCCAAUUUGGCUCAGAAUUUGCAACAGAAACUCAAUCAGUCGCUGGCAACAAGUUUAGCUGCAGGAUUGUCAUCAGGGCUAAGUCCAAUUAAUCUUGGUCUCGUGCACAAUGGCUUGAGUCCCAGUUCGCCAAUGAUCGCAACGCAUUUGCAGCAGAAGCCUUCUCCACUUUCAAAUGACCCUUCAACAUAUCUUGCCGGAAACGCAUCUUCUUGCUGUGAAUAUGAAGGGUUGACUAUAUAA